AUGGCUGGAAACGAUGAAGCUUUGCAACCAGAAAUGGUCGAAGACGAAGAACUCGACGCAAUUGAUGAAAUGUUCAAUAAUGAAGUAGAUGAUCCAGAAGACGAAGAUGGUGAAAAUCUGUUUGGAGAUGACAUGGAACGAGAUUAUCGCGAACAACCAGAACUCGAUGUUUAUUCGGAAAGUGGAAUGGAUGAUGGAAGUGAAGUUGGAGAUUUAGAUGUGAAUGCAAGAAGAGCGGCUGAAAGAGAAAUGGCUCAACGCGAUCAAAUGUUGGAUGAUGAUGCAUUGAUGUAUGAAGAUGGAGAUAGUGAAGAACAAUCUGGAAGAAGAGGGAGAAGAGCAACGAAAAGAGGUGGAAGAAAUGAAGCUGGAGCAGGAGAUGGAGAUGAUGUACCAAUGGAUGAUGAAGAAAUUCCAAUUGAUAUUUUGGAAAAUAUUCGUGGAAGAAGUAUUCGUGACCACGUUUCUGAUGAAGCUGUUGGUAGAGAAAUCGAAAGACGGUUCAAGAAUUUCUUGAGAAGUUAUCAUGAACCAUCAUCGAAACAUGCUAAAUAUAUUCAAGCAAUCAAGGCGAUGGCUGCAGACAACAAAGAAUCAUUGGAAGUCAGCUUUAUUGAUUUGAGUGAUGAGAAUGGAGAACAAAACAUCUCUUAUUUUUUGCCAGAAGCCCCAGUACAGGUAACUCAUUGUUUUUUGAAUUCAAAGUUUUAGAACAGAUUCCUUCCCAAAACGCGUAUGAGAAGAAGAAAAAUAGUAUAAUCUCAUUCGAAUUAGGAAGGAUAUAUAAACGAUUUGUGAUAAGCCAUUCUAUAGAUUUCAUAUAUAAUGUCUGAUAACUCUUCAACAUUUCCAGAUGCUUCAAAUCAUGGAUCGCGCAGCCACAGAUGUAGUAAUGAGUAUGUAUCCAUUCUAUUCACGCGUUUGUUCCGAAAUCAAAGUUCGAAUCUCGCAUUUGCCAGUCGAAGAAGAUAUUCGAAUGCUUCGCCAGGUUCAUUUGAACAUGUUGAUUCGAACAAGUGGAGUUGUCACUAUUGCAAGUGGAAUUUUGCCACAAUUGGCAAUUGUUAAAUAUGAUUGUGUUGCUUGCGGAUAUCUUUUGGGACCUUUUGUGCAACACGAUGAACAAGAAGUUAAACCAACUAUUUGUCCGUCUUGUCAAGGAAAAGGACCAUUUGAAUUGAAUGUUGAGAAUGUAAGUAACUAUUUAUUCAUCUGGAUAUAUUUUUCUAAACAAAAUCAAUAUUGCAGACUGUUUAUCACAAUUAUCAAAGAAUAACAAUGCAAGAAUCACCAAAUAAAGUUGCUGCUGGUCGUCUUCCACGUUCAAAAGAUGUCAUUCUUCUUGGUGAUUUAUGCGAUUCGUGUAAACCUGGAGAUGAAAUUGAAGUCACUGGAGUUUAUACGAAUAAUUUCGAUGGGUCUUUGAAUUAUAAACAAGGAUUUCCGGUUUUCAAUACAAUUAUUCAUGCAAAUCAUAUCACAAACAAGGAUAAAAUGGCAUCGGAUCAAUUGACUGAUGAAGAUAUUAAGGUAAUUUGGAAAAUCCGGCGAAAUCAAAAAUUUCGAAAAAAAACCCUCCUCACGAAUUUAACAUUUUCAUUUUGCAGGCAAUUCGCGAACUUUCUCAAGAUCCAAAUAUUGCAUCGCGUGUUUUUGCAUCAAUUGCUCCUUCAAUUUAUGGACAUGAUGAUGUAAAAAGAGCAAUUGCACUUGCUCUUUUCCGCGGAGAACCGAAAAAUGUUGAUGGAAAACAUCGUUUGAGAGGAGAUAUCAAUGUAUUAUUGUGUGGUGAUCCAGGAACUGCAAAAUCCCAAUUCCUUCGUUAUGCUGCUCAUAUUGCUCCGCGAGCUGUUUUGACAACUGGACAAGGAGCAUCAGCUGUUGGUUUGACUGCAUAUGUUCAAAGACAUCCAGUAACUCGAGAAUGGACUUUGGAAGCGGGAGCAAUGGUUUUGGCUGAUAAAGGAGUUUGUAUGAUUGAUGAAUUCGAUAAAAUGUCAGAUCAAGAUCGAACAUCAAUUCACGAAGCAAUGGAACAACAAAGUAUUUCAAUUUCAAAAGCUGGAAUUGUCACAUCACUUCAUGCAAGAUGUACAGUUAUUGCUGCAUCAAAUCCAAUUGGUGGAAGAUAUAAUCCAACACGAACAUUUGCUGAAAAUGUCGAUUUAACCGAACCAAUUCUUUCGCGUUUCGAUGUUCUUUGUGUUAUUCGUGAUUCGGUUGAUUCGGUUGAAGAUGAGCGACUCGCUAAAUUUGUUGUUGGAAAUCACAUCAAACAUCAUCCGGAUAACAAGGAAAAUGAAGAAGAAGAUGAGGAAAAUGGGGGCGGAGAAAAGGAAAUUGAAAAAGUUGAUGAGCGAUUGGGAAUUCGGUUGAUUCCACAGGAUUUGUUGAGAAAAUAUAUCAUUUACUCGCGCGAAAAAUGUCAUCCAACAUUGUCGAAUUCGUUGGUGACAAAAUUAUCCGAUAUUUAUGCGAUGAUGAGAAAAGAAAGUAUGGCAACUGCUUCUGUUGUGAUUACUGUCAGAUCUGUUGAAUCAAUGAUUCGUCUUGCUGAAGCACAUGCUAAACUUCAUUUGAGAUCGUAAGUUUGAAUUUUUCCAGGGGUUUUUAUUCCAAAACGCCAUGUUUUUUUCAAAUCUCGUUUUUUGCAGAUAUGUGAAUGAUGAUGAUUGUUCAGCCGCAAUUCGAAUUAUUCUCGAAUCAUUUGUCAACACUCAAAAAGCAUCAGUUAUGCGACAAAUGCGAAAAACAUUCUCGCGCCAUUUGACUGAAAAUCGAUCAGCCAACGAGCUCCUUCUGUUCGUCUUGAAACAAUUGGUCAAAGAGCAAAUUCAUUAUAAAACUGCUCGAAGUGGAGCAAAUGAUCUUAUUCAAUCUGUCUCCAUCACGGAAUCUGAUUUUAUUGAGAAGGUUGGUUUUUUUUUUCAUAUUUUAUUUUAUCUGAAAUAUGAAUAUUAUUCCAGGCUCAACAAUUGCGAAUUGAAAACGUCAAACCGUUUUACACCACCGAUAUUUUCACUGCCAACAAUUUCAGCUAUGAUCCAUCGAAGAAGAUGAUUGUUCAAGAAAUUUUCUAA